AUGGCACAUCCCUCCCAACUAGGAUUUCAAGACGCAGCUUCACCUUUGAUAGAAGAACUUCUACAUUUCCACGAUCAUGCUUUAAUAAUUGUCUUCUUAAUUAGCACACUAGUACUUUACAUUAUUGUGGCGAUAGUAACCGCUAAAUUUACGGACAAACUCAUCCUUGACUCCCAGGAAAUUGAAAUUAUCUGGACAGUUCUCCCAGCAAUUAUCCUUAUCCUAAUCGCCCUCCCCUCCUUACGUAUUCUCUACCUUAUAGAUGAGAUUAAUGACCCCCACCUCACAAUUAAAGCUAUGGGCCAUCAAUGAUAUUGAAGCUAUGAAUACACAGACUACGAAGACCUAGGGUUUGACUCAUACAUAAUCCCCACACAAGACCUUACGCCUGGCCAAUUCCGCCUUUUAGAAGCAGACCAUCGAAUAGUAAUCCCCGUUGACUCACCCAUCCGAGUGCUCAUUUCUGCUGAAGACGUGCUUCAUUCCUGAGCUGUCCCAGCCCUUGGUAUCAAAGUUGACGCAGUACCAGGUCGACUAAACCAAACUACCUUUAUUGUCAACCGACCCGGAGUCUUCUACGGACAGUGCUCUGAAAUUUGUGGAGCCAACCACAGCUUUAUGCCUAUUGUAAUUGAAGCCGUCCCUCUGGAACACUUUGAAAACUGAACAUCACUAAUAGUUGAAGACGCUU